AUGCCUACGAAUCGCACCGCGCGUGGCGUCAAAAGCAGCAAGGGAGACGCGAAGAAGCGCACCGCUGCGGAGAAGAAACAAGACCACAUUGAUGCGGUCAUAGAGAGAACUAAUGAGGUUCUCCCCACAGUCAUCGAGGAACCAAUCCAGAACAGCGUUGACGAUUACGCGAAACACGAUGACCCUCAAGCAAAACAGACAGACAUGAUCGCGAAGUUCACGUCCCUGAUCCCACGGCCGACCUUUGACGACGCGUGGACCGAGCAAGACGAAGAGAACCUCAAACAAGAGGCAGAGAGAGAUGCCCAGUUCCAGCACCGCUGUACCUAUCAGGACUACGUGAACUCGGUUUGGAAGACGGCCUAUAAGUUUAUGGGCUGCCUAGCCACAGACAUAGUCGGGCCAAAGACCUAUCUCAGGUUCCACAGCGACCACCCAGUAUUCAAGGGGGACCCUGGCAAGCUGGCACUGGCAAUCCAGUGGACAGUGAUCUGUCGCACAAAGGACCGUCGCAGAUGGCGGCUGAGUGGGUGCGGCAGCGAUGACCCAUUCCUCAGCAUCCUGAAGGCGGUGGUUGAGCGGUCCCAGGAUGGAACAAAGAGUCCCAGAAUGCUACGGCGUAUGGCCUUGGGCAUAUACAAGGAGAGGCACCCCACUCAGGGAUUCCAAGACCCUCUCUGGAACCAGUUCCUCCAACGAAUCGAGGAGCAAGCGCCAAAGAAGAAGUCUCCCGUGGAGCAGGAGGUGGACAGCCAAGACUUUGGCGACUUGGACCUCUACAGGGUCAACGCCACUGACCUCAACAACCUCCUGGGCGCAAUAGUCAACGUCAGGAUGUUCGGAUUCCCCGUGUUCCCGGACCCGACCGCCCUGGCAAUGACGGUCCUAUACACCCGAAACCCUACCGACAUCCCGAUGAAACCACAGGUCAUAGAAGCGACCAAGGCAGCCCUGCUGGCUCACAGGCGCGAGGCGAGGCGUGCUGAGAAGUCGGGCGUGCCGGAAAUUCGUGGCCCUUCGGCUCCAUCUCAGUCGGGUGGAGCCCAAGGCGCCGCGGACAGCGAGCAAGGUGCUGGCCUUGCGUCAAAUGCUGAUUCCAGCCUCUCUGAUGGAGAGAUCGCAAAGGCUGAGGCUCAGGUCUCCAAGGACGAGGCCGAGGAGGCUGAGGAGACCGAGGAGGUCGAGGAGGAGGCCGAGGCCGCUGAGGAGAAACAAGCCCCCAGGCGAAGUACUCGUCAGAAGGCCAAGAAGAAGAUCAGCACCCCAGUGGUCCUCACAUCCAACGACGGAGAUAGUGAAGAGUUCAGAUUCACGCCCCCGUCACCCAAAAGACCACGGCCAAGCCGCGCUCAAAAGAAAUCAACAGGCCAAAAGGUAGAUUUCUUCAUCAACAUCCCUGUGAGGAGCGUGUCGAGCUCGCAGGCCAAGGAUGGAUCCGCAGGAGCUGCGGAGGGUGCCGCGACCACUGGGGGUGUUGACAUGGACGACGACCUCAUGCAGGAUGACGCUGGUGUCCAAGAUCUUGGUGAGAUCGAACUGGGCGAAUCGGAACACAACUUGAUGAGCCAGUCGGACGGGAACAAUGCAGGUUCCCCCGUGAAGAGACCAUAA